UCUCCACCAUCCACCCACCAAGCUCCAUCACUCAUCGCCCCCGUUCUCUCCCUCUCUCUCCCUCUCCCCCCUAACGUUUCUGGCCCUCUUCUUUGUCUGGACAAAAAGAUGGGAAGAAAGUGCUCUCGCUGUGGGAACAUAGGCCAUAACUCAAGGACUUGCACAACUUUCAUGGGGGCAGCAAGUGCUUGUGGGCUCAAGCUCUUCGGUGUUCAACUUGACCUGUCUUCUUCUUCUCCUCCUUCAUCAUCAGCAUCUAGUGGUUCUGCUCAUCCUUAUUCACUUGUCAUAAAGAAGAGCCUCAGCAUGGAUCGUCUGUCUUCUUCCUCGGCCUCCUCCUCGUCUCCAUCUUCAUCCCUCUCCUCACCAAGAGUUCUUGCUGAUGAACACUGCAAUAAGACCUCCCUCGGAUAUCUCUCUGAUGGCCUCGCCGCCAGAUCCCAGGAGAAAAGGAAAGCAUCUCAACCGGUGCGUCUCAACUGGUGUUGUCGGAUGAUUGAACUAUUAGGAGUUCCAUGGACGGAAGAAGAGCAUCGGACAUUCUUAAUGGGGCUAGAGAAGAUGGGGAAAGGCGAUUGGAGAGGCAUCUCCAGGAACUAUGUGACCACGAGAACCCCAACCCAAGUCGCGAGUCAUGCGCAAAAAUUCUUUCUCCGGCAGGCCAGUCUUAAUAAGAAGAAGCGGCGGUCCAGCCUCUUCGACAUGAUGGGAAGAUGUUCAACUUUUCGCGAGCAAAGCGAACGACCACGCUUGAUCAGAACAAAGAGCUCUCUUCGAUAUGAAGUGGUGCCUCUUCUUGCAAUGAGCACCUUCAAGCCUGGUGAUGAAGAGAGUGAUCGUGAGCCACAUGAUUCAAUUUCAAGACCUCCUUCGCUCUGUGAUUUGGCCAAUCCCUUGGAGCUGAAACCAUCACCAGUAAACCCCAUAAAGAAUCCAUCACUGUCUCAUGCAGCACCUGACCUAGAGCUCACACUGGCUGCUCCAAUGCCAUUGGACCAAAAUGAAACCUCACCUUCCUCUCUUUUCAUUGGAUCCAUUAGUGUGACCUAACCUAACAAACAACAUGCAUAUAUUAUUCCUGGAAAUAUGCAUGUGCUGUCUCUGAUCUCUCAUCUCUCUCGAGCCUCAUUAAAUCAAGAAGAUCAAAUGUGCAAAUGUUUCUCAUGCUACGAAUACUUCGUUUUUGCUCUUUUCUUGAUGAUAGAUGAUGUUAUUAGUGGAGAAGCAGAGAUCUAGAGGGUGAUCAGUACUGUCUUUGAACGUUUGAUUGGAUCUUGCGUCCAUGACUUUCCAAGACAUGAGUUUUGUAGUUCACACCUUAAUCUGAGCUUCUCCGAUCGGUUUCUACAGAUAA